CUCUCUCUCUCUCUCUCUCUCUCUCUCUCUGUAUAUCUAACUGUUAGGUUGUGUGAUUAGCGUUUUGUCGAUUAGCUGAGGAGAGCAGCAGGUUGCUCCUUGAGGCAAAAAGUUAGCAAGAGCUUCCUGGUGUUGCGGUGUUGAGGAUUAGCAAUGGCGUCGAUGAGUCUCCCUCCUGGUUUCCGGUUUCAUCCCACCGACGAGGAGCUCGUGGUGUACUAUCUCAAGAGAAAGAUCAACGGACGUGAACUCGAGUUGGAGAUCAUCCCAGAGGUUGACCUCUACAAGUGUGAGCCAUGGGAUCUACCAGAGAAAUCUUUUCUACCGGGCAAAGACCUCGAGUGGUACUUCUUCAGCCCACGAGAUCGCAAGUACCCCAAUGGGUCGAGGACUAACCGAGCAACUCAGGCCGGCUACUGGAAGGCCACCGGGAAGGAUCGGAGGGUGAGCUCCCAACGCCGCGCGGUCGGGACGAAGAAAACCCUCGUCUACUACCGAGGCCGAGCUCCGCAUGGCUCUCGGACCGACUGGGUCAUGCACGAAUACCGCCUCGACGAGAAGGAAUGCGAGAAUGCCGCCGCAGGUUUACAGGAUGCGUAUGCACUGUGCCGCGUGUUCAAGAAGACCGCACCGGGCCCACAGAUCGUCGUGGAUCACUCGCAGUGGAUGUCGACAGACCGAUCCCCGACUGUUGAUCUCUCCUCCGAUGGAAGAGGGGACGAGUUCGAGAGCCGUGAGAUGAUGCAGGGGGCGUCUCUCGAUGGCAGUGCUUGUGAGGACGGCAAGUGGAUGCAGUAUCUAACCGAAGAGGCAUUCGGUGGUGGAGUUCCGUGUCAUGAUCCGGGAAGCUUCACUUACAUGCCAUCCAAGGUGGAUGUGGCGUUGGAGUGUGCGAGGCUUCAACACAGGCUCUCCUUGCCGCCAUUGGAGGUGGAGGACUUCCCUCGUAUGGAUCUCACCCAGUCGAAGGCCAUGCGUUCCGGCAGCUUCCAAGAAGGCAGUAACCAGGUGGACAUCCUGCAGGAGAUCUUAUCGGUCGCCUCCGCCUCUAAUGAACUGAUCGACGACUCCAGCUACGCGGACAUGUGGGUUGGAACUACUAAUCCUCAUCUUGACGAAUUUGCUUCUUUCUUGGAGCCCACAAAACUUAUCGAGAUAAGCGAUCUGGAAGAGGAGUUGAAGGAGGAGGAGAAGAAGAAAGUGGAGAAUCUGCGAGGGAUAGUUGUGGAAAGCGAAGAGAGGAGUGUAAGAUUGGGAAGCAUUCCAACCUACCAAUUCGGGGAGGCUGUAGGCAUUGAAGGAGAAGCUGAUGGCCGCACCAGAUCGAAUGGCGUAGAUGAUGAUGACACGAAACCUAUAUUUCCGGAGUCUGGACCAGAUGAUCUUGCCGUUGGUUUUCUCGGCGUCCACCACCGGCAUGGCGGCGACGAAGGCCGAGCCGACCAUGAGUACGAGAAGGUGGAAUUCCAGCGCGGGCUAUUUGUGUCGCAUGCCGGCAUGAUCGAAACAUUCUUCCACCGCAUCGAGCCAUCGAAGAAGGUCAGCUUCCAUUUGAGUCCAGUGGCGAGAGGAGACAUGGCUGCCGAGACGCAUGGGGAUGCGGCGAGAAGUAGAGGAAGGUUUCCAUUCUUCGGCAGGGUUAAGGCAUUCAUACAAGACAAACUCAUAAGAAACGAGGCAUGUCAGGGCAAUGGAAGAGCGAGUGAAGUGGUAGAAAUCGCGGCACUCGUGUUGUCAUCCCGAACCAAUCGGAGUGAUGAGGCGAAGGGGCAAGUCAUGGAACAGGAAAGAGAAGGUGGAUGCACUACUUGGAAGAAAAAAGAGGAGAAUAAGAAGAGUCGCAGAGGGGGUGACUGUGAGAGCAACGUCUGGUUUCCAGACAUGAGGGCGGGGAGAGGCAUUUGCAGAAUGUUUUUGCUUGGGAAGUUGCCAUUCCUCCUAUCUUCUGCGUUGCCUCCCCACGGCUUCAGGAGUUGAUCAUAUAUAUACUCACUCUUGUCACUGUGGAAUCAGAGUCGCUUGUCACCCAGAGAAGGAGACAAGUUCGUCUUAUACUGGACGCCGAUGCAAUUGUAACAUUCAUAUGAUUUCGAAUACAGAAAUUGCAUUACUGGCAGAAUCGCCUCGACAAGAUUAAUCGGACAUGCCGAUCCGACACAGGAAUCAUA